CCACAUCACAAGCGAAAUUAGUUGUAUUCAUAUUAUACAUUUCUCUUUUCAUUUUCUUCUUGUAUAUUGAUCCUUUUUAACUAUCUUGAUAUAUAUCAUGGGUGUUUUUACUUUCAACGAUGAACAUGUCUCAACCGUGGCUCCAGCUAAACUCUACAAAGCUCUUGCAAAAGAUGCUGAUGAAAUCGUCCCAAAGGUGAUUUCUGCUGCCCAAAGUGUUGAAAUUGUUGAAGGAAAUGGUGGACCUGGCACCAUCAAAAAGUUAUCCAUGUCUGAAGGUGGCAAAACCGACUAUGUGCUACACAAAUUAGAAGCAGUAGAUGAAGCAAACUUGGGAUACAACUAUAGCAUUGUAGGAGGAACAGGGUUGGAUGAAAGUUUAGAAAAAGUUGAAUUCGAGACAAGUAUUGUGGCUGGCUCUGAUGGUGGAUCCAUUGUUAAGAUUUCAGUGAAAUACCACACCAAAGGUGAUGCAACUCUAUCUGAUGCAGUGCGUGAUGAAACUAAGACCAAAGGAACUGGACUUAUCAAGGCCAUUGAGGGAUACGUUUUGGCAAACCCUAAUUAUUAAGUAAAAUGUAUACUUGGUUGUGUUGUGUCAUACCAAUAAUAAUUGAAGUUUAUGAUAUGGUUGUUUGAUUUAUACAUCACGAUUUCUAGCUUAUACAUGUGUGUGGGCUUUGUUGUUUAAUUACAAAAAUCUAUGUGUUGAUGUUGAGGUUUUGUACCAUCUAUAAUUCUGUAAUAAAUAAUGAAGAAUUUUCUAGCACUUUUCA